AUGGCACCUUUCCGCGUCGUUGUGGUAGCGCUGCUGUGCUAUGCGAUACACGCGCACGUGCAAGUCCUAGUGGUUGGGGGUACCGGCAACCUAGCAACCAAGUACCUCUGGCCUGCCUUUGAGCAAGUACGCGAAUCUUCGCCCGUGGUGCUUCAGUUCUGGGCGGGCGGGGUCGCGGACAUCACGUCAGGUGAAACCACGCUCAAGUCUGUUCCAUCCGCGUCCAGGUUGGGCGUUCGGUAUGCGCUAUUAAGAGACGGAGCGGACUACAAGACUCUGGCGGCAGAUCCCAGCUGGGCUACCGACGACAUCACGGGCGUCAUCGUGUACUUGGCGGUGCCGCCGCAGUUCUUUGACGCAAUCUGCCACCAUGUGCAUGCGCACUUGCGCCACCCGAAGCGCUGGAUUCGCAUUGUCGUGGAGAAACCGUUUGGCCACGACAUAUUCAGUGCAGAAGCGUUGGCCACGUCCUUGCGCGGCAUUUUCGCCGACGACGAGCUGUUCUUGAUCGAUCAUUACAUGGGCAAGCGAGGCGUGCACGGCCUUCGCUCAUUCUUAACUCUUAACCAAGUCGAGUAUGCCAAGUGGUGGCCCCACCUCUCCCACAUCCAAAUUGCUAUGCACGAAGCUGAGACGGUGGCGCAACGAACUGCCUUCUUCGACAAUGUGGGCAUUGUGCGGGACGUGAUGGCAAAUCACUUGACGUUGCUGUGGGGGUUGUUGAAUCCACCCCAAGACACCUUGGCUCAUCGACGCCUGGAUUUGGUGCACCGGUUUGCAUUUGAAUCGCAUCUUGGGGUAUCACUGGGGCAGUAUGACGGAUACCUGCAGGAUGUGCAUAACGAGCUGAACAAACCCACGACGACCACGGCCACGGCGGCGGCGGCGAGGUUUCGGCACCAGGAGCGACGGGACAUGACGGUGUCUGUGGCGGCGGGCAAAGCGCUCCAACAUCGCGAAGUGCGCGUCACUCUACACUUUGGCACGGCAUGUGUGCUCGAGUUUGUCAUUCAAGUAGGCGUUUCCCUGAAAUAUGACACUAAACUACGUCAGGGACCCAAAGGCGAAUCGAUUCAAGUGUGUGAUGCGCUGGUCGAGUCGGUGGUGCCGCCCCUCGGGUGGGUAGCAGACAACAAUACCACAUCACGACAGCAGUUGGCGCCGCACAAGUCGAUGGAAGUGCUGGGUGCAUAUACGUUUCUGCUCGGAAAACUCGUCCAAGGAGAUGCAACCCACUUUAUGCACUUGGACGACAUCUUGGCGGCGUGGCGACUGUGGCAGCCGAUUCUGGAGCUCAGCGAUGCCGCGCACGAACGAGACUUGUGGAUAUACCCGCUAGGCGACGGCUCGUUCUUGGACUUCCACGGUAACGAAAUCGACUUUCAAAGUCGUCGUACCUGACGAAUUGGUAUGCAGGCCAAGAGCAAACAAACCAUGACGAGUUCUAACACUCGUACUAUGUAAAUAAAUAUCAGUUUUAAACGGUUUUGGAUAUCAUUUUAUAAAACCCAAAUGAAAUUCGAUAAAGUACUGGAC